GAUUCCCCUAACCAAGAAACGCCAGAAACACCGCCUCGAAAGCCGCGCAAAGAAACAAACGACGUAUUAUCAGCAUACCGGGAUGAAACGUGUUUCUCUGAGGCUAUGCACGGUGAGUGGUUCUUGUCUCGUUCCUUGUUCUCCGCAACGAGGCUGGAAGGGCGAGAUGGGACUAUUUCUUUCAUUGUUUUCUCUCAAAUGGCAGGAGCGACACAUCAAUGAAGUUCCUUCCCUACAUGAAUGAAUAUGCGUGCUUGAAUCACUUCCGACGUUGAUCUCUUCUUUGCAUGUACUUGUGUGACACUCCCAGCACUAUACGCACAGUAUGCGACUCCGAUUACCUGUCUUCCUGCUCCUCCCAUCCGCUUACGCCGCGGUAACGGUCACUGUCCACACGACCAUCCCUACGACACUCGGCGCAGCCGCUACACCAACCCCGCCAUCUACAGAAUACACCUCCCCCCGCGCCUUCCAGCGCGCCAUCCUCGAGACACACAAUUUCUACCGCAAAGAACACAAUGCCAGCGCCCUGGCGUGGAACACGACAAGCGCAGCGUAUGCAGCGGACUGGGCGGAGGCGUGCGAAUUCGAGCACUCGGGCGGCCCAACAGGCGAGAACCUCGCCGCCGGCUACCCAAACGCCACAUCCUCCAUAGACGCCUGGGGCACCGAGCGCUCCUCGUACGAUUUCAAAAAAGCCGAAUUCAGCCACGAGACAGGUCACUUCACGCAGGUUGUCUGGAAGGAUACGACCACUGUGGGAUGUGGAAGGAGGGAGUGUGAUAGGAGGGGGGGCAGCCCGGGGUGGUAUGUUGUGUGUGAGUAUUAUCCGCCGGGGAAUGUGAUUGGGGAUUUUAGGGAGAAUGUGCAGGAGCAGGUGGAGGGGGUGAGGAAUGGGAAUUCGGAGGGUGUGAAGCCAUCUUCGAUGCCAUUACUGAAGGCGGAGCAGCCUGGGCCACCGUUCAAUGCUAACUGGCAUAUCUCGUAG